AUGAAAAGAGACCCAGUUAGGGAUCGUAGGGAAACAAAGUUCUGCGCACUGACCCCAUUGCCUUCCGAUGAGUCGGCUGGCUCUCGUCCUGGUCCGAUGGACUCCAAUGGCGAGGUCGAGAGAAUCCUCUCGCGACGCCGCUUCCACACGAUGGGACAGCGCGGUUGGCUUUCAAUUCCAACUUUGCUUCAGGGCAUACGGUAG